UUCUUUAUUCGAAAAUCUGGACCAAGCCUGCCGUUAAACUCCGCCAGCCUCACGUGAUCAGUAGCUGCCUCUGUUCCACUAGUCGAGCGUACCCGGCGCUAUGUUUUGUUGUUGUUGUUCUGCGGCGUAUCGUGUUCGGCCUGUCAGAACGUGUGACUUUUCACUGGGACGACGACACCGGAUAAACAGGGAUGCACAUGACUAAAAAGACCAGGAGUACAAUGAAACCACCACAUCAGACCCAGACAUCUUCUCUCAGCAGCUCAGUAUUUGAAGGCGUCUACAACAACGCCCGCAUGCUUCACUUCCUCACAGCAGUUGUGGGCUCCACCUGCGAUGUGAGGGUGAAAAAUGGUGCAGUCUAUGAGGGGAUCUUCAAGACCCUCAGUUCACAGUGUGAGCUGGCUGUGGAUGCUGUCCACAAACGGAGUGAUGGAGAUGGAGGUGGAGGAGGGGAGGAAGGUGGAGGCCAGUCUUCUCCACCAAAGGUCGAGGACAUUACCGACACCAUGAUCUUCAGCCCAUCUGACCUCGUCACAAUGACCUGCAGAGACGUUGACUUAAACUUCGCAGUCAGAGACACAUUCACCGACGCCGCCAUCAGCUCCUCGCGGCUGAACGGCGAGCACCGGGAGAAGGUGCUGCAAAAGUGGGACGAAGACGGAAACGGGGAAAACUUUGAGCUGGAGUCGGACACAUCGAAUGGGUGGGAUGCCAACGAGAUGUUCAAGUUCAACGAAGAAGCGUACGGCGUGAAGUCCACAUACGAUUCCAGCCUCUCCUCCUACACCAUGCCUCUGGAGAAGGACAGCUCAGAGGUUUACCGGCAACGAGAGGCGCGAGCGGCUCGGUUAGCCAGUGAGAUUGAGAGCAGCCUGCAGUACCGCCGGCGGGUUUCACUGGAGAAUGAGGAGGGAAGAAGCGAGGAGGAGAAAUAUGGCUCGGUGGUCCGUGAGAGGGAGGAAAGGGGGAGUCCUGGGUUCACCUCCACCAGCAGGGAAGGUAAAUACAUUCCUCUCCCACAACGGACUCGAGACAUUGGCGCCAUCAGAACCGGAACCUCUGGUCGACCCACAGCGCCGGCCUCUUUCAGGCACCCGCCGCCCAGCUCUUCUUCUCCCAAACAGUCCUCCGACAGGACCAGCCCGCUGUCUGUCAGGCCCGCCUACUCUCCCCACCAAUCACAGAGCAGCCCUCCCACUUCCAGCAGCCCGCCUUGCACCAAUCAUGCCCUGCCGCACUCGCUCUCACAUCCUCAGGUGCUCGCCGACAUGACGCGCUCACCUGUUAAUGGAGUCUCAUCCAGGAUGUCUCCGAAGUCCCAGAGACUUCAAAGCAACAGGACUCUGCGGACCCCGAAUUCCCAGUCCUCUCCUGCAGCUUCUCGCAGUCCAAAACCAGACACCCCUCCCCAGGAACCCCCACUGGUUGGCCCUGCACACAUGGACUCCUCCCCUCCCUGUGUUACCACGGCAACCACUACUAUCAAACCUUCCGGUCCCACCCCACUCUUCCCCGUCGAUGUGAAUGAAAUCCUCGGCUCAGCAGCUAAAGAUCGAGCAGAAAGUCUGUCUGGUCCACAGGAAGGAAAGAGCAGCAAAGCACCAUCGGUGCAGCAGAUAGCCCAGCUGGAGGAGCUCCGCAAGUUUGGCAAAGAGUUCAGGCUGCAGCCCAGCUCUUCUCCCACAGCGAGCCCUCCGUCUGCAGAUCCUCCUGCGGAAACCUCCGUCCCACCAGCCGAGUACCACUCACCCGGUCCACCUAAACCUGUUGCUUCCUCUGCCAAAGAGCUGCAUCCAACCUCGGAGGCGGCUCCUCCCACCUCAACACCUGCAGCUCCAUCUGGGCCCCAGACCUCAGGACCAGAUGGGCUGCAGUCUGGAGCGGGCCCACAGGCUCCGCCCAGUGGUGGGGAGGAGGCGUGUCCAGAGAGCAGCGAACCAGCAGAGGCUUCAGCUGCUGUGCAGGUGAAAAACUCGACGCUGAAUCCAAACGCAAAGGAGUUUCUCCCUGUUAAAGGGUCCGCAGCUCUGAAACCUGCAGCAGGCCCCGCCCCUCCUCGUCCGACCCCGCCCAGCCCCGUGGUCCUCCCCUCUCCACCGCCCGGAGGAGGGGCCAUCUACAGCAACCCACCUGGACACUACCUGUCCUACAUGUCCCCCAUCCCCCUGCAGGGACACUCCAUCCAGCCUACCCAGGUGUAUCAGUACACCAUGACCACCGUCGGUCAGGGCAAAUACCCCAGAGCCAAAGGCCCGGUUGUGGGUCCACGUCCAGACCACCAUGCCUCCUCAGGCUCCUCCAUGAUCUCAGCUGCAGCUUCAGCUGCAGGACCCCCCCUAGUGGCCUCACCAUAUCCUCAGUCCUACCUACAGUACAGUCAGGUGAUCCAGGCCAUGCCGCCACACUACCACGGACAGGUACUUCAGCCGGUUUACUCAGUGCUUCAAGGUGGUGCAAGAAUGCUCACAUCUGGGGCCCCUCAGACCAUGGGUCCUCCUGGCCCCCAAUACCCCAGCCAGGCCGAGGGCCCAGCGGGGCCCCAGCAAGCCAUGUAUGCCGCUCAGUCAUUCUCUCACCACUCGGGCUCCAUCCAUCAUCCUCAGCCCUCCAGCACCCCCACUGGGAAUCAGCCCCCACCCCAGCACACAGCCCCCAGUCCAGGAAACGCUCAGACGAGUCAGGGCGGUCCUCAGCCUCAGUCCCUGUUCCACUCUGGGGGUCUGUCGGCCCCCACACCUCCUAACCUGCCGCCGGGCCAUGGCUCCCCUCAGGCCUCCUACACCAUGCAGGGCUACAGCCUCCCCAGCCACCACCCGCUGCCCCACGGCUUCGCCUCCAUCAGCCAGCUCACACAGCUUCCAGGAGGUAUGUCAGGACCUCACCAUUCUGCCGGACACGGCCCACCGCCUAUCAUAAUGCACUACGCCGCCCCUCAGCAGGGCAGUGGCUCCAAUCCCCAACAUGGCCCAACGCACCAGCAGGGGGCGCCACAACACUUUUACAUCGGACCGCCUCAAGCUGUUCAGGUUCAGGCUCACCCCUCCCAGCAGCUGUCCUUCCACCCCUCCGCUAACUGAACUGUCCUCACCUGGAUUCAGCUUCUCCUGACAUCACUUUAACAAGCCCUCAUUUUUAAUCAAACCUUUGAGAGACGCCCUCAGAAGAUGAUGAGAGAAGAUGGAGUCGAGAGUUUUUUACAUUAAGUACAGAUUGUACUUGUGAAGCAGGACCGAUGACGGUGAAACUGGUGGAAACUUUUGGACUGUUAGCUCUAGAAACAUUGUUCUUCUUCUUGUCCCUCCUCUUGUCAUAUUUUUUGUAAAAACAAGGCCAGUUCAUUAAUAAUAAAACCACUUAA